GCUUACAAGAAACCUAAUUAACUCGAACAUCUUUGUGUUCCUUGGAUUCUUAACUUUACAUCAUUAAUCAGACACAGACCAAAAACGUCGGUCAGUCACACGAUCAUGGCCUCUCAUCCUCCUCCACUCAUCUCCUUCUUCCUCACCGUCUUCUUCUCCCUCCACUCUCUCUCCACACUCGCCGAUCAGACAACAACCAGAUCGCGUUUCAAACCACCACAUUUCUCACCUCUCCUCUUCUCCUCUCCAUCCCAAAACGCCACAUCACCACCUACUCGCUACCUCGAGGUCAAAAAGCCUCCCGUCCCCGAUUCUCCACCACCAUGCUCGCACCACGUCCUCCACCACGAGUUCGCCUUCACCUACGGCAAACCCCCGGUUCUCUCCAACUACACGCUCCCCUCCCACUGCCCCUCUCGAGACUUCUCCAAGAUCGUCCUCGAGUUCAAAUCCACCUGCAGAGGAAGACAGUUCGACCGCAUCUUCGGCGUCUGGCUCGACGGCGUCGAGCUUCUCCGCAGCUGCACCGCCGAGCCUAGGCCAAACGGCAUCGUAUGGUCUGUCCAUAAAGACGUGACUAGAUACCACUCUCUCCUCGUCAAGAACGAGACUCAGAUCCUCGCCGUCUAUCUCGGUAACCUAGUAGAUAAAACAUACACCGGCGUCUACCACGUGGAUGUGAUCUUCCAUUACUACCCUUCUUCUCGUCAUCACAUCUCUCCUCCUCAAGCUGAUAUGAUCCUCCCUGUUUCAAGAAACCUUCCUUUAAACGAUGUGUGGUUUGAGAUCGCGAGUUCGAAUGGUUCUAGUUACAAGGAAGUAACGAUCCCUAGGAACGUGUAUAGAGCUGUUCUCGAGGUUUACGUUUCAUUCCACGAGAAAGAUGAGUUUUGGUAUAGUAAUCUUUACAAUGACUUUAUUACCGCGAACAAUCUCAGUUCUCCUGGUAACGGACCUUUUAGAGAAGUCGUGGUGACUCUCGACGGCGUAGUCGCCGGUGCGGUUUGGCCUUUCCCUGUUGUGUUCACCGGAGGGAUCAAUCCUUUGCUGUGGAGACCGAUCACAGCUAUUGGCUCUUUUGAUUUGCCGAGUUAUGAUAUCGAGGUGACGCCUUUCUUGGGGAGUUUGUUAGAUGGAGAAGGUCAUAAGGUGGAGUUUAGUGUGACUAACGCGUUGAAUGUUUGGUACGUUGACGCGAAUUUGCAUCUUUGGUUGGAUAAGGAGAAGGAGGUAGUUGAAGGGAAGGUGUUGGAGGUUGGGGGAAGGUCUCUUGAGAUUAGCUAUGUUUCGGACUUUAAAGGUUUGAAUGGUAACUUCACAACCAAGGCGAAAAGAUCGGUGCGUUCGAUAGGGUUGGUGAAGUCCUCUCAUGGUGAUAUUAUAACCAAUGCUAGUCAGGAGUUCACCUAUGUAAACAAAAUGGUUUUAGGUAAAGAUGGGAACUUCCAGAUCAUAGAUCAGUUGAUCCAAGCUGAUGACAGUGUUCACGCCAAGAGAGAGUCCAGAGAAAUCUACGUGGCGAGAUCCAUCAAGAGCUUUCCUUUUUACCUAUACUCUGACUAUUUGGAGGGACAGAAUCACACGUCUCAGGAGGUUGCGAAUGUCACGAUGGGAUUCAAUGAGGAGAGAUCGUGGAGUGAUGAUGGAUCAAUGAGAAUGUUUAAGAGCAAGGUGGAGAAUAAGCAGGAAGCGCAAGGGGUUAUGGUGGUGAAGAAUAAUUUGGUGGUUAGUGGAUAUGGGGGCACACAACAAGUGUAUAACUAUGUUGGAAGUGACCAGUGUUACUUCCGGAACAUUAGUAGCUUCAACUACACCAUUCUAUAUGACAAGGUUGAAACAGUUUGCAAGAAGAAAACACUGAAGCUACCGCCACAGGUGUAGCAUCUGACUGCACAGCCGUAUUGGCUUGAUAUAUGAGCAGAGAUAGAGACCUCCUCUCUUGCUGUGAGUAACUGUGAAAUAGGAAACACCACAAAUAAGUAAAAAAAGUUUCCUCAUGUUUCUUCUCUUAUUUUCAGACAAUGUCUCGGACAGAAGUUUGUAUUAAUUGUUUUCCCCAUAAGCAAGGCUUAUCAUGU